AGGCAGCAUGUCAAAUGUACCUGAUCGUGCCCACUGGUUUACUUAGCAGGAAAGUAGCUUUCUAAGGAUGAUUUCACGAUAAGAAGAAGGCAAAAGUAACAUCAGAACCAGCGACAGCGGUAUUUGAGUCGGGUUGCUACCACUGCGCUAUCGGGCUACCCUCGUACAACAACGGGACUCGGUUUACUCAAGCAGGUGAGUCUAUCUGCACAACCCUGGCAGUUAACCUGGUCUGGGUUUCUCCAGUCUUUUUUCUCUAUUUUAUAGUCUCUAGACUAGACUUUCGUCUCAGCCAAGUCCGGCAGUCGUGUCCUCCCCACCUCGCCGAUGAAAAGUGAGCGGGAUGCUGUCGGUGACCUGUGACGGACACGCAGUCAAAUCAACUUCCCGGUUGCGGGGCGGUUUUUAACGGCCAACAUACGCAAAGCACCAUGUGUCUGAAGAAGUCAGUCGCUAUGAACACGAACAAGGGCCUGUGGGUGAUUGUAGUGCGGGUGUGGAUGUAUGGAUUGUUGUGCACCUCGUCGGCUGAAGAGGACUAUUGCUCUAGUUGUCCUGGAGGUUGUGACUACAGUCGGAAAUGUGCCCCAGUCCCUAAUUGCAAAGAAGAAAACGUAGCCCUCGGAAAACAGGCUUACAGCAGUUCCUUGUACACAUCUAGUGGCGAUGGAGAAAAAUCCGGGCCACCAUGCCUUGCCGUCAAUGGAAACACAGGAACAACAUUUCGACCCAUCAGUGAUUACCCUGAUUCUCCAAACUGUGUCCAUACCAGGCCCGAAUACAACACUUCUUGGUGGGUCGACCUGGGAACCAUCUACCCCGUGUCGAGAAUCACUAUAUACAAUCGGGACACAAACUCUGACAGGAUCCGUGGGGCAAGAAUUUAUGUAGAUAAUCAACCGUGCUACACCUUUCCAUACAACAAUUUUCCACUCAAAAUCGAGGUGACAUGCAACAUUCCUACAAGAGGACGCACGGUCACCUUGGUCAAGGAAAACAGUUUCUUAAACUUCUGCGAGUUUCAAGUCUGGGUCUGUCUUCCAGGUCGGUUCGGACCAACAUGCGACCAGUUAUGCAGGUGCAAGGAAAACGCUACCUGUGACCAAUAUUAUGGCUACUGCUCUAAUGGUUGUGAAGAUGGCUUCUACGGUCUGUCCUGUAACCAGACCUGUCAUUGUAAAGACAACUCAGCCUGUGAUUUCACCACCGGAAGGUGUCCAGAUGGCUGCCAGAGCGGAUGGAUGGGUCUCAGUUGUAACACAACGUGUUCAGCUGGCACUUUUGGCCCCAACUGUCAGCAAACAUGCGGCAAGUGCAGUUUAUCUACCUGCAACGGAACGACAGGUGUGUGUGAAAGUGGGUGCGCUGUAGGAUAUACGACAGCUUACUGCAACAAAACCUGUGACAGCGGGACCUAUGGAGUGGAAUGCAGAGGACGAUGUGGAAAGUGCAAGAAUGGCGACCCGUGUGACGUCACAACUGGUGUCUGUCCGGGCGGUUGCCAAGCAGGAUGGCAGCUUUCCUAUUGCGAUACAAGUUGCAGACCAAGAACUUACGGCGAAAAUUGCUCUUUUACGUGUGGUCAGUGCAACAAUGGGGAAGCGUGUGACGUCAGUUCCGGUGCUUGUGCUGCUUGUAAAACCAACUUCGUUGGCUCAUUGUGCCAAGACUGCGUCACGGGCAAGCACGGGAAUGCAUGUGACCGGAAGUGUGUGAACUGUGACAAUGAUGGGUCAUGUGACCGACUCACGGGGCAGUGUGUACACGGCUGUCUCGCUGGCUGGAUGCCCGACAAAUGUGUGGCAGAGUGUCCAGAUGGAAAAUUUGGAAAAAACUGUGCCCAGAACUGCGGCAACUGUAGCUCGUCGGCUCCCUGUCGCCAUGACGACGGCAGGUGCGAGGGCGGCUGUGCUGAUGGCUUCGAAGGCGAUCUUUGUCAAGCAGUUAUCGGUCUUGAACCACCAAGUGAAAGUACACCAAAAGCGUUAAUCAUUGGUGUUGUCGUUGGCGCUGUUCUCCUGGCUGUGAUCGUCAUCGCUGUGGUCAUCGUUAUCGCCAAAAGGAGGAAGCGGCAAUCUCGACAGGACGCCACAGAAGACCAUUCUGUCCUGCACAACAACCACAUAUACGCCAACCCCGACAAACAGGAAGAAACAGUCUUGUCAUUCACUCCUAAAACUGUUGAAAACUACGGACAAGCCAAGGACAAGACUCCAGCGAGGAAAAAAGUCGAAAAAGUUCAAAUCCUCCGGGAGGACGCCUCCGACAACAUCUACGUCAACGUGGCUUUGGCGAAGUCGGCGAGUGAGAGCUCACUGGACACCCUCAUCGACGACGACAAUAACGGCCUUGACCGCUCCAUGGAGUCACUGGGUGACGACGUGAACCUGUACGGAAAUGACGAAAGCGUGUACGCCACCUUCCAGCAGUUGUCUGGCCCGCAGUUGGACAGCGUACAGCGCCACCUCGUGGACCGGUUGGCGUCUGGGCAACUUCCGGUCGUUUUUGAUGAACUACCCAAAGGCUUGACUGACGACCAUCACACAGCCAAGAUGAAAGUCAACUUUAAGAAAAACAGAUUUGCUUCUGUGUUGCCGUAUGACAGUUAUCGUGUUGUUCUGAGCGAUGGUUACUGUGAACACAAUGCCACCGAUUAUAUCAACGCUAGCCGCAUUACAGGAUAUCACAAUGAAAAAACAUACAUCGCUGCUCAAGGACCACGGGAUAACACUGUGGUCGACUUCUGGCGGAUGGUGUGGCAGGAGCAGGUGACUCAGAUCAUCAUGUUAACCAAGCUGAUUGAAGCAGGAAAAGAAAAGUGCUUUGAGUAUUGGCCUUCUCCGGGGAGCUUGGAAACCUUUGGCCCCGUCACUGUCGCUGGGUCAGAGGUCAGACACAGAGCCAACUUCGCCAUCAGGAAGUUCAUAAUCCGCAUGGAGGGGGUAGAGCGAAAGGUGGAGCAGUUCCACUACCUGGGGUGGCCGGACCACGGAGUGCCGGCAGUCGCCUCCCUUCUCAGCUUCUGGCAUUUCGCACGUGCACGGACCCCCCGCCGCCCCCACGGCCCUCUUCUGGUGCACUGCAGUGCUGGUGUCGGUAGAACAGGUGCCUACAUCGGCCUCGACAUUGCCUUUGACCAGGCCAUCAACAAAGCAGAAGUGAACAUCGACACCAUCGUGAGAAAUAUGCGGAGUGAACGCUGCCUCAUGGUGCAGACAGUCGAUCAGUUUAUUUUUCUCUACAAAGCUGCACUAGAGGCGUACACGGGUCGGGAUACUGUCAUCCCGUUAGAUCGCUUUGAUGUGACAUUCCCUCAGCCAAUCAACGCUCGUCGAGAUCAACCCCACAUCGACAGAGAGUUCAGGACUCUGAUGCUGAUGAGGUCCCUGACAGCGGAAGUCCCUCGCAACGUGGCCAAGCAGAGAGAGAAUCUUGCCAAGAACAGAAACCCCGACUGCCUUCCCUCUGACGGUCAUCUAGUCUACCUGACAGCUCACCUUGAAGGACGGAACCAGUUCAUCAACGCCGUGUUCAUGCCGUCGUACCAAGAGCUCAGGGGAAAUAUCCUUACCCAGCUUCCACUCCCAGCCACACUUGUCGACUUUUGGCGACUUGUUGACGGAAAUGACGUCAGUACUAUUGUUUCCCUUGGUUUUGAGAACGAAGAGCAUUCUGUACAGAAUUUUUGCAAGUACUGGCCGGACGAAGAGCGGGUCAUUCAGACCGGUCCAUACACGGUCCAGCAUGUGAGGACGGACUCGCUGGGCGGUCACCUGGCUUCGCACUGGCUGCAGAUGACCAAAGAGGGUGAGACAUGGUCACGUGAUGUUCGUGUCCUGCGUUACAAUGACUGGGCGGAGGAGGUGCCCUCUGACUUCUCUGACCUCAUGCUUCUUGUCGAGACACUGGGUGCGGCACGUACGAAGACAGAAAAAACCCAGCCUGUUGUCAUCCAGUGCAUAGAUGGAGUGUUAAGAAGUGGAUUGUUCUGCGCCAUAUGCAACAUCCUCAGUCGUCUGACAUUAGACCAGGAUGUCGACGUGUUCAUGACGGUGAGAGAGAUACAGAGCGUCCUACCAGAGGCCGUGACAUCAGAGACGCAGUACCGUUACUGCUACGUGGCUGCGCAACAAUUUACGUCCGACGUCAACGUCUAUGCCAACGCCUGACGCGUCUUCAACCUACACAGGUGAUACCAGCGUCUCUCGGAACAGCCGUUGCCAGGCAACAACGAACCCAAAAACUUAUAUGAGCUUGUCGCUCAAGUCACGUGACAAACGUUUUAUUGUAAGAGUCGUCAAUGGAAAGGUUCCUACCUCGGACUCUUAUCUAGUCACGUGAACCAACCCCUAACUGCCUCGCAUACCUCACCCUAAGAUGUUCUUUUCACCUGCGUUUCAUCACGUGGUCACGUGGUUUCAAACAAAAUGUGUGGUACAAACUCAUUCCACUACGGGUGUGAACAGAUCGUCUAACAUACUUUCCUCUAUAUACAAGUCGUGCGAUGUUAUGUCUACCGACGCAGCCGAGUACUUCCUUUAGUCACUCCAGCAGAAUAUUUGACUCACAAUUCAUCAUUAGAUCAUAUUUUAUUUCUUACAGAUGCAUCAAAUUUAAAAUUCUCCGUUAGGUUUUCAGUAUCUAAAGUGGUUUUGGAAUAAACAGAACGGAAAACCGAACCAGGUAUUGAACUUCGAUUCUACCUCCUUCACUCCUUCACAAAUGACUGAUGAUCAAGUGAGGUUACGUUUAAAGAUGUCCGACGACACUGUUAAUGAUUUAGUUGUUAUUAUAUUUAUAUGUGGGUAAGUACAUUCUCCCUCUUUCAAGAUGUUCAUGGACAAAGGGAUGAACAAUUGUUGUCACCCACUGCGGAUGUUUAAAAAAUUAUAUGACAUAAUUUGUUUUAUCAAACUAACAAUGAAAUCUCACGAACAUGCCUGUAUGCAGCGGUUGAGUCUUUCAUUUUAUCUUCAUACCUAUUUGUACAGUGUAUACAUAUGGAUUACUUUUUAAGAAGAUAUUGUCAGAGACUGUGGAUUUUCUAGAUUGUCAAAACAUUCGUAGCAUUUACAUACUUUUAUAUUUUUAGUAUAUUGAUCUUGCGUGCAAUCUGAAAAAAAACAUUUUAUAAGUACCAAAACAAGUGUAAAAAAUUCCUCUACUUUGCAAGUGAUCUUCAAUAAUUAUUAAAUACAGUUGCGUUUAUAAAAGCUCCCAUGAAAGAAGAGGAAAGGAGGUAAACAGAAUAGUGUUUCCGAGAUGUCUUCGCAGACCUCUAUUUCUUAAACAUUUACUUGCGCCGCUUUUCAUGUGUAAAUGCAUAUUUCUAUUCUAGAACUAGUCACCUUUACUGUAUUUUUACAAAAAAUUAUUUUAUCAAAUUUUGUAAUAAAAUGACCGAUGCCUGUCCCACGUAUGCCUCAAGGCCGACAACUGUGACCGUCUGUACGCGAGGUUGUCUCCCUGCACACAAUCAGGCAGUAGUCUUGCUCUCUGGUGACUUUGCUCAUUUUAUUUUAAUUAUGCUUUGUCUCCCACACGUUGAUGGGUGGGGGGUCUGACUGGUUAUAACAAUCCUGUUCACGAUUCCUGAUGCAAAACUUAACACUAUCCCAGCCACUGCGAUAUAAAUAUAUUCAGAAUAAAAAUCUUUUACAUAAAGAAUCUGCAUACACUAGCACGCACAUACAUAAAUAUAAAAGAUAUACACAGAUAAGACCUAAAUUUGCUUUCGGUUAAAAAAAAAACUUUCUUUAUUAAAAUUAAAAAUUAGCCAUUAAAACGUAAAUGCUUCAUUAAGACUUUCAAAUGUGUUAAAAGUCAGGAUGUACUUGUGUUAAAAUUACUUGGAUGAUUUACGAGAAGUAAAUCUUUGAUACACCUUUACUGAAAAGAAAAAAAAAAAUCUUAAAAUAGUCGAUGCCGGGAUAUUUUUUUCCUUUUCAGAAGAAAUGUAUUCUUCGAUGACAUUACAGUAUUGUCACUAAGGUUCUCUUGUCAUGCUGGCUUUGUCAAUGGUUCUCCACGAAACUUUUGAUUAAUAAUGAAAAAUAAAAUGUUAAAUUACCAGUGCAAAUCUUCCUCUCGAUGUCCUUUCGAAGGAAGAAAAAUUGCUGUGUGUUGGUAGGUGUAUGUUCGCGUCUAUUCAUGUGUUAAUCUGUAUGUGCGUCCGGAUCACCGUGCGUGCCUGUGUGAGCGAAUUCAAACAGCUUCACUUUACACAAUAAAUUCGGCAAGUGAAGGCCA